UUCCUUUCGUUGCUGCUGAGCCUUUUGGGCUCUCCUCAAGCCACGCUCGUGGUUUCAUCAGUUUGUAGUUCAGAGCUGAUCGAGUGUCGCUGACGUUGCGGUUUGAUCCUCGCCGGCUGUCUUUCGGGCUGAGCAACCGUGAUUUGGCGUCAGUUCGGAGCAGAUGAGACAGAGUGUUGAUGUGCUUGCCUGUUGGGAUUCUCAAGUCUCUUCAAGCUUUUGCUAGGCAAAGGAGCAAGGGAGAGACAUUAUUCCCACAGUCCGACACAUACUCUUUGCCUUCAUAUUUUAAGUGAUUAUUGACGAUGAAAGUCAUGACACGGACAAGCAUAUCUUCAGAGAAGGAUGGCAGACUUCAUAACAGGUGGAGUGGUGAUGAGGGUGAUUGUAAUUUGAAAACACUUCCCAAUUGGAGAAAAGGAUGCGAGUCUAGAAAGAGCAAUGGAAGUCUUGACAGAAAGGAGGAGCAUGUCUGUUCAGAGAAUCGAGCAGUCUUGGUAAUCCUUGGACCUACGACGAGGGUGAUCCUAAUUUGAAGUUGCCUCCCAAGAUGAAGAAAGCACACAAGUCAAAAGCGAGUGUUGCAAGUCUUGACAGACAGGACAAGCAUGUCUCUCCAGAGAUCAAAGGCAAGCUUGGUAGUAGUAGGACCAAUGGUAAGGGUCUUUCUAAAAUGAAAUUGCCUUGCUUGAUGAAGAAAACACAGGUGUCCGGAAAGAGAGAAGAAAAUCUUGACAAAAAGGACAAGCAUGUCUCUUCAGAGAACCAAGGCAGGCUUGGUAAGAGUGAGAGUGGUGGUGACAUUGAUUGUAACGCGAAAACACUUCAAGACAAACAAAAGCUGUGAGUCUGGAAAGAGCAACGGAAGUAUUGACAGUACGUAGGAGCAUGUUUCUUUAAAGAAUGAAGGCAGGCUUGGUAAUCAUAGGAGCAACGAUGAAGGUGAUCCUCAUUUGAAGGCGCUUUCCAAGAGGAAGAAAAAGCGCCAGUCCAGAAAGAAAAAUCAAAGUCUUGACAACAAGGACGAGCAUGGUUCUUUAGAGAAUGAUGACAGGAUUUGUAAUGGUAGGAGCCAUGAUGAGGGUGAUCCUAAUUUGAAGAUGUCUUCCAAGAUGAAGAAAACACACAGGUCAACAGAGAGGGUUGGAAGUCUUGACAAAAAAGACAACCAUGUCUCUUCAAAGAUCAAAGGCAAGCUCGGUAGUAGGAGGAUCAAUGGGAAGGGUCAUUCUAAAAUGAAAAUUCGUCUCUUGAUAAAGAAAACACAGGAGUCUGGAAAGAGAAAAGAAAAUCAUGACAAAAGGGACAAGCAUGUAUCUCCAGAGAACGAAGGCAGGCUCGGUAACGGUAGGAGUGGAGGUGAGGGUGAUUGUAAUUUAAAAUCACUUUCCAAGUGGAAGGAAAGACGCGAGUCUGGAAAGAGCAACGGAAGUCUUGAUGGAAAGGAGGAGCAUGUCUCUUCAAAGAAUGAAGGCAGGCUCAGUAAUAGUAUGGAGCAUGAUGAUGUGAGGAUGAACCUAAAGAAACCUGUUGUUGGUGGCACUCCUGGGCGUUGUAGCGGUAAACUCUUUCUAUCAAAUACAGAAAUCACUAAGGGAAGUAAUGGCACCAUUGCCCUCGAGGACUUUUGUGAAGGUCAAUCUGUUGUAGUGAAGCGCCUUGUCCUGGCUCGCCAUGCUGUUGCUUUACAAGAAAUAGAGUCUCUGACAGCCUCUGACCAAGACCCAUAUAUUGUUCGGUUGUAUGGAGCUGAAUGUGAUCAGGAUUUUGUGUAUCUUGCUUUGGAGCUUUGUGCUUGCAGCUUAGAUGACCUAAUACGGGCACAUUCAAAUUCUUCAGAGAAAUCCGUCUUCCUUCAUGACCCAGCAUCAAAUGCCACGCAAUUGGAUUUAGUUGAGGGGACAAUGCCGGAUGUUAAUUUUUGGAGGGAAGAUGGCCAUCCCUCACCUUUGUUAAUCAAACGGAUGAGGUAAAUUUCGUGUCAUGACAUGUGAAAAAAAGGUUUAACUGAGAGACUACUGCAGUAUUUUGCUUCUGGUGGCACUCCUAAAUGGACUGUUGCAGACUUCUUAUUGUAUUUUGCGCUUGCUUGCCUAGACGUUACUUUUACCUGACUCUCAAACAUGUUCACAGAGACAAUCUUCACGCCUGAAUCAAACAGAGUGCUUUAGUCCUCUUCUUUUGCUGGCACUGAAUUAGUUCUCAGGCAGCAAUAUCCAAGUCAGCCAUAGGAGAGACAAUUAUUAGCCACUAACUGGCCUCAGUU